GCCCCACAACAACCAUAAAAAACUCCUCUCACGGACGCACAGACACAGACAGACAGCACGGCAGCGUCUGUUGGACCAAUUACCGGGCGUGUCUGUGCGCUGCCCCGCCGAGCGUGUUUUCCUGGGCGGCCUCUGCUCUCUGCGCCAGCACCGACAGCCUUCAUCCGCGGGACAAACAGUCCAGCUCAGACAGCACCGCGUUAAUAAUGGGGUCGUCCUGGGCUUUAGUCUGCUCCUCCGCUUUUGUCCUGCUGUUACUGAGCUCAGCAUCCAAAGAUGACCGCAACUUGGAUCAGCGUGAGGUCACCUUUGACGAAAUCAUGCAAGAGAUGCAACAACCAGAGUCCUUCAUGUUGCAGAAAGAGGUCGACUUGGCAGAUCUCUUCGAUCCCAAAGAGUUUCUCGUAGAGCAGGUGAGGAUUUCUCCACCAGAACAGUUGGAUACCCUGAGUGAGAGAGGGGGUUCCAGGCCGGGACUCUUGACACCUAGAGGACGUCGCCCAAAUGUUGGACCCCGUUCUUUCAGCCCUCCCUUUCUGGACUAUCAUGUUCAGUUCCCCCUCGCCCAGCCGAACUCCGACAAUCUCCAAGCCAUCUGUCACAAUGGAGACCGUCGUCCCCUCUACCCAGACUCUUACUUUCCUGCCUCUGGUUUUGGUCAGCAGAGACGAAGGGCCAGUGCUGUCAAUAAGGCCGAGUCCUGGCUCAGCACAUGCUGCAAAGGGAACCAGACAUGGGGGGAGGAGGUGACGCUGUGUUGCGCCAUACAGGCGUGGGAACUGUCGGUCAAAUCCUUCUGUGAGGAGGACUCUUCCAUAAAGGAUCGUCUUUAUCACUGCUGCAAACUGACAGGCAGGGACAGGCUCGUCUGUUUCCACAACGACGCGCCGAACCCAAACUAUGAGGCAACAGAGGAGCUGCCGGUUCCACCGCUUCCCUCUUCUGGCGGCUUCAGCUUCGACCGCAGCACUUGCCAGAGGAAAGUGAUGACUCCUUACAGUGUCAGAGGAAACAGAAGAAAGGAGAAGAAACCGUCUGCCUCCCUAAAAGUUGACAUCACCUUUCCUCCUGGCCAACCCACGGCUGACAACAUCGAAUCACUGUGUCAUGACCAAAAGCUGCGUCCUCUCUAUAAAGUCAAAUGCAUGCCGGCUGAAGGCUAUGAAUGGCUGGCUCAUCAGGCAAAGGCCAUUAAUCGUAUAGAAAAGGGAUUCAAACAGUGCUGCAAAAAGAAGAAGGAUGCGCUCAACUGUGCUGUUCUGAAGUGGCGUGACGGCCUGAAGAAGUACUGCGCGGGCGAGAACGGCCAAGAGGAGAAUUUCCACUGUUGUUUGGGUUCCACAGCAAAUGAUCGACACUACUGUUUCCAAAACAUUUCUCCUGACCCACAUUAUAAUCUGACCUCUGUCCCUGAAGAGCUGUCACUCAACAAAAUCUGCGACACUCACAAGAUCAUCAAGAAGAAGUUCCCUGUUGGUCUCCCUCUCAAGAGCUUUGUGACGCAAUGCUGCCCCCUGUCUGAAGAAGGCAGGAGCAUUUGUAUUUUGCUGCAGCUUGAGAAAAUGUCAGAGAUGUGUUCAUCAAGAAAGGCUUCCCCUCCAGCUGUCCGCCGCUGUUGCAGCGUGUCUUCACAAGAGCCUCAACAGUGCAUCUCUAAAAUUCUCAUGGAUGCCAUCACCAAAGCAAACGGCUUCUUAAGCCAGAAGAGGAAGAAAAGGUGCCCUCUCAACUAAACACUUUCGACCUUUUGCUGCUGAGGGCCAUUCGGAGAAACGGCGAGCGAGCAGCAGAGGUGACUUCCUAGCGCUAAACAGGAACAAUUAAAGGUCUGUAAGAGAGUGUGGACCAAACUCUAGCUUCAUCCACUGCCAGUAUUAUUUGCAUCAAUUCAUCUGAGAUCACAUGACAAGCGUGGUUGUCACGAGAAUACAUCUUAAAAGAAACAGAAAUGUUUAAAGCUUUGUUUUUUAAAACAGACUUUCGUCUGUUUCACUGUACCACUAUUUUCUGCAGGCUGCUUUUUACAUAUUUGAUUAUGGAUGCAUUUGAAUGAUUCCUUUGGAGCUGUAAGAUCACUUCUCUUCUUGUUAUAUGAUUUUGUUGGGUUUUUUUGGUUAAGAUCAUAUCAAAAAAUGUUCUAAUAAAAACGUUUUCAAAUAUA